AUGCGUUACGAAUACUCGAACAUGCAGGGGAAGCGCAAAGCUCUGCUGAUUGGUAUCAACUACGUCGGUACGAGCGCACAGCUGAAUGGAUGCUGGAAUGACGCGCACAACAUGGCGAAUUUCAUUCGUCAACAUGCUGGCUACCACCCAGAUGACAUGGUGAUUCUGACUGACGAGGCAUCGGACAACCCACGGACGAAGCCGACGCGUGAAAACAUUUGUAAUGCCAUGUACUGGCUUGUGCGUGAUGCACAGCCUGGCGACGCACUGUUCUUCCAUUACUCGGGUCAUGGUGGACAAGAGCGUGCCGUGGAGAUGGAUGAGGAAGACGGCUACAAUGAGACGAUUCUUCCGUUGGAUUACCAGUUCACUGGACAAAUGGCCGAUGACGAAAUGCACGCUCGAUUGGUGCGUCCAUUACCUAUCGGGUGCCGACUGACGGCGCUCUUUGAUUCGUGCCAUUCUGGCACGGCGCUCGAUCUGCCGUAUGUAUACACGACGUCAGGAAAAAUCAAAGAAACGAACAUUUCUAUGAAUGUGGGCAAAGGUCUGUUGAAUGCAGCCAUGGACUACGCACGCGGCGAUGUUGGCGGUAUGGUGCGUGGCCUCUUCAACACAGUGAAAUCAACUACGCUGAAUACGCGUGCUGGAAAGUACACGCGCGAAACACGCUCGUCCGGUGCCGAUGUGAUCAUGUUGUCGGGCUGCAAGGACUGUCAGACAAGUGCCGAUGCCGUCGAGGCGGGCAAGGCUACCGGCGCUAUGAGCUGGGCGUUUAUCACUGUCCUGUCUCAAUGGCCUCAACUGUCAUACAAGCAGCUUCUGAACGCGACGCGUGACUGCCUCGCUGCUAAGUACUCCCAGAAGCCGCAGCUCAGUGCCUCACACCCGAUCGAUAUGGACCUUCUCUUUGUCAUAUAG